UGCGGGGCCGCGCGGCGCAUCCUGCGGGCGGCGGCGGCGGCGGCGGGCGGCCGGGCGCAAGAUGAUGAAGUUUCGGUUCCGCAGACAGGGCGCCGACCCGCAGCGCGAGAAGCUCAAGCAGGAGCUCUUCGCCUUCCACAAGACCGUGGAGCAUGGCUUCCCCAACCAGCCCAGCGCCCUGGCCUUUGACCCUGAGCUUCGCAUCAUGGCCAUCGGCACCCGGUCUGGGGCUGUCAAGAUCUACGGUGCCCCCGGCGUGGAGUUCACGGGCCUGCAUCGAGACGCGGCCACCGUCACCCAGAUGCACUUCCUGCCCGGCCAGGGCCGCCUCCUGACCCUGCUGGACGACAGCAGCCUCCAUCUUUGGGAGGUCGUCCACCACAACGGCUGCGCCCACCUGGAGGAAGCCCUCCACCACCAGCCACCCAGUCGCCCGGGCUUUGAUGGUGCCAGUGGCCUGCCCAGCCUCGCCCGCAUCACUGUGGUCCUGCUGGUGGCUGCCGGUGACCUGGCAGCCCUGGGCACUGAGGGCGGAAGCGUCUUCUUCCUGGAUGUUCCCACCCUGACGCUGCUCGAGGGGCAGACCCUUGGCCCGGACGAGGUUCUGCGAAGUGUGCCUGACGACUACCGGUGCGGGAAGGCCCUGGGCCCCGUGGAGUCUCUCCAGGGACACCUGCGGGACCCCACCAAGAUCCUUAUCGGCUACAGCCGAGGCCUGCUGGUCAUCUGGAACCGGGCCGCGCGGUGUGCUGACCGCAUCUUCCUGGGGAACCAGCAGCUGGAGAGUGUGUGCUGGGAGCGCAGCGGCCGCACGCUGGUCAGCUCGCACAGCGACGGCAGCUACGCCGUCUGGGCCACGGACGCCGGCGACUCCCCGACGACACAGCCCACCGUGGCCACCACGCCCUACGGCCCCUUCCCCUGCAAAGCCAUCAGCAAGAUCCUGUGGCGAAACUGUGCGUCGGGCGAGCACUUCAUCGUCUUCAGCGGUGGCAUGCCCCGCGCCAGCUAUGGCGACCGCCACUGCGUGAGUGUGCUCCAGGCCGAGACCCUGGUGACGCUGGACUUCACCUCCCGCGUCAUCGACUUCUUCACGGUGCACAGCACGCGGCCCGAGGACGAGUUCGACGAGCCCCAGGCCCUGGCCGUGCUGCUCGAAGAGGAGCUGGUGGUGCUGGACCUGCAGACGCCCGGCUGGCCGGCCGUGCCCGCCCCAUACCUGGCCCCGCUGCACUCGUCCGCCAUCACCUGCUCGGCCCACGUCGCCAACGUCCCCGCCAAGCUGUGGGCCCGCAUCGUGAGCGCUGGCGAGCAGCAGAACCCCCAGCCGGCCUCCGGAGCCUCGAGCUGGCCUAUCACCGGGGGCCGGAACCUGGCUCAGGAGCCGACCCAGCGAGGGCUGCUGCUGACCGGCCACGAGGAUGGCACUGUGCGGUUCUGGGACGCCUCCGGCGUGGCCCUGCGGCCGCUCUACAAGCUGAGCACCGCCGGCCUCUUUCAGACAGACUGCGAGCACGCCGACAGCCUGGCCCAGGCCGCCGAGGACGACUGGCCACCCUUCCGCAAGGUGGGCUGCUUCGACCCCUACAGCGACGAUCCACGUCUUGGCGUGCAGAAGGUGGCGCUCUGCAAGUACACCGCUCAGAUGGUGGUGGCCGGCACCGCGGGCCAGGUGCUGGUGCUGGAGUUAAGUGAUGAGCCGUCGGAUCAGGCGGUGGGCGUGGCCAGCGUGGACCUCCUCCAGGACCGUGAGGGCUUCACGUGGAAGGGCCACGAGCGGCUGAGCCCACGCACAGGGCCGCUGCCCUGGCCGGCCGGCUUCCAGCCCCGCGCACUGGUCCAGUGCCUGCCGCCGGCUGCUGUCACUGCCGUCACGCUCCACGCUGAGUGGGGCCUUGUGGCCUUUGGCACCAGCCACGGCUUUGGCCUCUUCGACUACCUGCGCAGGAGCCCCGUGCUGGCCAGGUGCACCCUGCACCCCAACGACUCCCUGGCCAUGGAGGGGCCGCUGUCCCGCGUGAAGUCGCUCAAGAAGUCACUGCGCCAGUCCUUCCGGCGCAUCCGCAAAAGCCGCGUCUCGGGCAAGAAGCGCUUGACUGCCGCCAGCAGCAAGUUGCAGGAGGCCAACGCGCAGCUGGCGGAGCAGGCCGGCCCCCACGACGUGGAGGUGACGCCCGUGCAGCGCCGCAUUGAGCCCCGCUCGGCCGAUGACUCCCUCUCGGGCGUCGUGCGCUGCCUCUACUUCGCCGACACCUUCCUUCGCGACGCCCAUCGUCCCCCAGCGGCCCACCACGGCCCCACCAUGUGGGCGGGCACCAACUCGGGCUCCGUGUUUGCCUAUGCGCUGGAGGUGCCCGCGGCAGCAGCGAACAGUGACAGGCGGCCCGAGCGGGCAGUGGAGGCCGUGCUGGGCAAGGAGGUACAGCUGAUGCACCGCGCACCCGUGGUGGCCGUGGCCGUGCUGGAUGGACGCGGCCGCCCGCUGCCGGAGCCCUACGAGGCCUCAAGGGACCUGGCACAGGCGCCUGACAUGCAGGGCGGCCACGCUGUGCUUAUCGCAUCUGAGGAGCAGUUCAAGGUGUUCACGCUGCCCAAAGUGAGCGCCAAGACCAAGUUCAAGCUGACGGCCCACGAGGGCUGCCGUGUGCGCAAGGUGGCCCUGGCCACCUUUGCCAGCGUGGCCUGCGAGGACUACGCCGAGACCUGCCUGGCCUGCCUCACCAACCUGGGCGACGUGCACGUGUUCUCGGUGCCCGGCCUGCGGCCCCAGGUGCACUAUGCCUGCAUCCGCAAGGAGGACAUCAGUGGCAUCGCUUCCUGUGUCUUCACACGACACGGCCAGGGGUUCUACCUGAUUUCCCCGUCGGAGUUCGAGCGCUUUUCCCUGAGCGCCCGGAACAUCACGGAGCCGCUCUGCUCUCUGGACAUCAGUUGGCCCCGUGAUGCCAUGCGUGCCAGCUACAGGCCCCAAGAGUCGCCCAAGCUGAGCCAGGCUAACGGGACCCCUGGCGUCGUCCUGGGUCCACAGAGCCGCAGCGGAAGCCCCGAUCCCACCCGCAGCGAGGGAACUGACACCCCGGAGCUGCCUGAGGCCACGCUCUCACCCACGUCCGUUGACUCAGCCACCAGUGCCGACACGACGCUGGACACCACAGGGGACGUGACGGUGGAGGACGUGAAGGACUUCCUGGGCUCUUCGGAGGAAUCUGAGAAGAACCUGCGGAACCUGUCAGAGGACGAGGCCCGAGCCUGCCCCAUCCUGAUUGGAUGAGGCACUCAGGAAAGCCAGAACUGCCAGGCCUGCCCUGUUCGGAGCUGGGACCCAGGACCCCGGCCCUUCAUGUAGACCUGCACCUGCUAAUCUCAGGCUCCAGCGGGACCUGCCCAGCCUGGCCCCGGAGGCCACCCGGGAGGUCAGGUGCCACAGGGGAGGGCAGCUGGGGCUCACAGCCCCGUCACCUCCCAGGCGACAACACCGUCCUUUCCCUCUCCUUUUGCAAAGAGUAUUUUUCUAACGCCUGUGCCAGGCACCACAGUCAUUUCUAAAACUAUUUUGGUACGUGCUCCCGGGCCAGCACCCCCAAGCCCCCCGCCCCGCAGGCUGUGCACGAGAGUGUGUGUGUGUUUCUGACUGAGAGCUCCACCAGGAGUGUGUGUGUGUGUGAGCUCCACCAGGAGAGU